AUGGAAGCCGGUGACAAACGCAACAGGGUCCCAAGUCACGCAGAGCUCCGUCUUCAACCGUCAGUCGCAUUGCAUGCGCCGACCGCGAUACACGCUCCUAAUACCGCGCUGACGACCAUGCUGCUGGUCCUCUUCGCCAUCGUGGCUGCUGCCGCGGCACAAAAUGAGAAGUCACCCAAAUCGAUCACCCCGCACCGGGAACAGUUUCGAGUGAUUUACGAAUGGCGCUUCAUCGAUUUCGAGUGGGGAUCCCCCGAAGAACGUGAAACUUACCUGAACAAUAGUAACUAUAUCCCACAAAAUGUCAUAAUAUCAGGCAUUAAUUUCCACGGGGACAAUCUGUUUCUAACGUUACCGAGAAUGCUCAACGGCGUGCCCGCAACUUUAGCGAUGAUCCCCGCAUUUCAAAACGAGACUACGGCUCCAAAACUCAAACCUUUCCCAAGUUGGGCUCAGAAUAAAGUUGGCGAUUGCGAAUCCCUUCAAUUUGUGCAAAAUAUCGAGAUAGACCGGAACGGUAUCAUGUGGAUAUUGGACAACGGGCGUAUAGGAACUCUCACCCAAACACCUGACCCAAAAUGCCCUCCGUCGAUCGUUUUGAUUGAUUUAAAAACGGGGAAAAACGAAAUGGAGCGCAUCCCAUUGCCUGCGGAGAUAGUGAACCCUAACACGACUUAUUUGAAUGACCUCGUAGUGGACAACCGAGACGGAGACUACGCAUAUAUAACAGACAACAGCGCUGUCGAUCCAGGUAUAAUCGUUUUUCGAAGAGAUGAUAAAAAGAUAUGGAAGUUACGCGAUAAGCGGUCAAUGUCAUCAGUUCCGGAAGCCACACUUUUCCGCAUCAAUGGCACUACGGUAAACCUUCCAGUUAAUGUGGAUGGAAUCGCACUUGGACCGCAAUUUCGCGCCGAAGACGAUAGCAUCGACCGCACUGUUUACUACUGCCCGUUAGCCAGUUUUCAUCUGUUUGCUAUAAACGCGUCAGUAUUGAGAAACGAGUCUCUCGGUGAAAGAAGCGAAGGAGCGAUUCGCCCUUACGUAGUGGACUUAGGUACGAAAUCUUCGCAAACAGAUGGCAUGAAGAUGGACUCGACCGGCAUACUCUUUUACGGUCUCAUUGGCAACUCGACCAUCGCCGAAUGGAACAGCACAGUUGACUUUCGUGCCGGUCAACGUACGAUUGCCCGCGAUCCAAAUUAUAUUCAGUGGGCGGACCGUUUCACUUUCGAUGACCGUGGCAACGUUUACGUCGUCGUCAACAGAUUGUACAACUUUGUAAAAAAUCAAGUUUCUAUUGAAGAAGUGAACUAUAGAAUUUUAAGGUCUCACACUGGUUUGAAAAGCUACAUUUACGGAGAGGACUUGAUGCCGCCCGGCGGACACGGCCAGCACGGUGCCGGUUCUAUUCCAAAGCUCGCUGCGUCUUUAUUAUUACUGGCAGUUGCUCAUCUCUUAGUUUAG